AUAGCAGGCCAUGUGAUAUCGCAGACCUCUUAACUGUUCUCAUUCCAUUGAGGGAGCAGCGCGCGGUUCUUUGCGGCGAAGACGAUUCUCCAUUUAUAUUCACACUUUUCUUCCUUUCGCAUCUCACGUUUUCAAUCGCAACACUUACGAAGAUGUACAGACUACCGAAUAUGUUACGAGGUGUAGCCCUGCGCCAAAUGAAUCUCCACUCUAGAUCUUAUGCCAAAGAUGUUCGUUUCGGCCCAGAAGUUCGAGCUUUGAUGCUGCAGGGUGUUGAUAUACUCGCUGAUGCGGUAGCUGUAACGAUGGGCCCCAAAGGCCGUAAUGUUAUUUUGGAGCAGAGUUGGGGAAGCCCUAAAAUCACCAAGGAUGGAGUAACGGUAGCAAAAGGCGUGGAGCUUAAAGACAAGUUCCAAAACAUUGGAGCAAAGCUAGUACAAGAUGUUGCCAACAAUACUAACGAAGAGGCUGGAGAUGGUACGACAACCGCAACUGUUUUGGCCAGGGCAAUUGCCAAAGAAGGUUUUGAGAAAAUCAGCAAAGGCGCUAACCCUGUUGAAAUUAGGCGUGGCGUUAUGCUGGCAGUAGAGAAGGUAAAAGAGGAGCUGAAGAAAUUGAGCAAGCCUGUUACAACACCAGAAGAGAUAGCACAGGUAGCUACUAUUUCCGCCAAUGGAGACACAGCAAUAGGUGAUCUUAUUUCUGAUGCUAUGAAGCGAGUAGGAAAGGAAGGCGUGAUCACUGUAAAGGAUGGAAAGACCCUUACCGAUGAACUGGAGGUCAUUGAGGGAAUGAAGUUUGACCGUGGAUACAUUUCUCCAUAUUUUAUAAACUCGAGCAAAGGAGCUAAAGUAGAGUUUCAGGAUGCGUUGGUGAUAUUUAGUGAAAAGAAGAUUUCAUCUGUUCAGAGCAUAAUUCCUGCUUUGGAACUAGCUAACUCGCAGCGCAAACCUCUCGUUAUUAUUGCUGAAGACAUCGACGGAGAGGCUCUGUCAACAUUGGUUGUCAAUCGUUUGAAAAUUGGCCUCCAGGUCGCUGCUGUCAAAGCACCCGGAUUCGGGGAUAACCGUAAGGCAACACUUCAAGACAUGGCCAUAUCUACUGGUGGUAUUGUUUUUGGAGACGACGCCAAUCUCAUCAAAUUAGAAGAUGUUCAGAUGAAUGACCUUGGUCAGGUUGGAGAGAUUGUCAUUACCAAAGAUGAUACUCUAAUUCUGAAAGGCAGAGGUAAGAAGGAAGACAUUGACAGGAGAGCAGAACAAAUUCGCGACCAGAUUGCUAACACUACUUCCGAUUACGAGAAAGAGAAGCUGCAAGAACGUUUGGCUAGGCUUGCGUCGGGUGUUGCAGUCUUGAGGGUUGGUGGUAGCAGUGAAGUAGAAGUCAAUGAAAAGAAAGAUCGCGUUCAUGAUGCACUUAAUGCUACUAGAGCUGCCGUUGAAGAGGGUAUUGUUCCUGGAGGUGGAACUGCCCUUCUCCGUUGCGUGCCUGCCCUAUUGAAGAUGAAAGCUAGUAAUUCUGACCAGGAGACCGGUAUCAAGAUUGUUGCACACUCGCUGCGUAUGCCAUGUCUUCAGAUUGCACAAAAUGCGGGUGUCGACGGAAGUGUGGUUGUCGCCAAAGUGAGCGAGGGCACAUUGGGUUAUGACGCUUUGAAUAACGAAUACGUGGAUAUGAUUGAAAAGGGUAUAAUUGAUCCAACAAAAGUUGUACGUACCGCACUCACCGAUGCAGCAGGAGUCGCAUCUCUUCUUACCACAGCAGAGGCUGUUGUUACGGAAAUUCCUAAGGAAGAUGCGCCUAUGCCUGGUGGAAUGGGUGGAAUGGGUGGAAUGGGUGGAAUGGGCGGAAUGGGUGGAAUGGGAAUGUAAUAAUUUUUUAAAGACUGAGUCGAAUUCAAAUCGUUCAUUUCAAGUACUCAUUGGCGACUAGAGAACCACGGGGAAUACCGUCUCCCGAGUUUCAUCACAGUGAAUCAUUGGAUAUUCCUACUUCAAGUGAAGGUUUGCCCACAGAAAAAUGAAAUUAUUCAAACUAACCAGGUGUUAGGUUAAAACAGACAAUAGUCAUAAUCUGGAAACCGAAUAUCAUCUAAUAUGAUAAAUGUUGGAUAGAUUUCAUGGGCCGUGGGCCUAGUUGCCUGGGUCAAAGGCACUUUCGUAACAAAGAAAACACUGCAUAUA